GUUCUCAGGUUGUUAGAGAGCUCCCUGCUCAAUGCAGAAGUGAAGGAAGGAGAAAUUCUGCCUCCUACCAUUCAGAGGCUGAUGAAAGGAUACAACAAGUACCUUAGGCCCUUCUUUGACAAUGGUCCCGUAACAGUGGGCAUGAGCCUGGACAUCGCCAGCAUUGACACCAUUUCGGAGAUCAACAUGGACUACACCGCCACCAUAUUCCUCCGUCAGCGCUGGACAGAUGAGCGCUUGGUGUUUGAAGGCAACAAGAGCCUGAGUCUUGACGGGCGGCUCGUGGAGCUCCUCUGGGUCCCCGACACCUUUAUCGUGGACUCCAAGAAGUCCUUCCUCCAUGACAUCACCGUGGAGAACAGACUGAUCCGCAUCUUCCCCAACGGGACUGUUCUUUACGCGCUGAGGAUUACCACCACUGUGGCCUGCAACAUGGAUCUGACCAAGUAUCCCAUGGACAAGCAGACCUGCACAUUACAACUGGAGAGCUGGGGUUACAACAUCAAUGAUGUCAUGUUCUACUGGACCAGAGGAAAUGAGUCCGUCAGUGGUUUAGACACUCUGCAGCUGGCUCAGUACACAGUGGAAGACCACUACACAUCUGUCUCAGAGGCCAUCUAUGAAACUGGCCGUUACCCCAAGCUGGUCUUCCACUUUGAGCUGAAGAGGAGCAUUCUGUAUUUCAUCCUGGAGACUUACGUGCCCUCGAGCCUGCUAGUGGUCCUCUCAUGGGUUUCCUUUUGGAUUUCCUUGUCCUCUGUUCCAGCGCGUAUUUGUAUAGGAGUGACCACAGUGCUGACCAUGACCACUCUGAUGAUGGGAGCCCGGACGUCACUGCCCAAUGCCAACUGCUUCAUCAAGGCCAUUGAUGUUUACUUGGGAAUCUGCUUCAGCUUUAUCUUUGGAGCGCUCAUUGAGUACGCCGUGGCCCACUUCUGCACCCUCACACACGCAGACUCACACAUGCUCAUGUAUGGCCACCACAUGCACGACUUCGAUGAUGAAAUGAACGGCAUCCUCACCACCAUCUCCACUCACAACCGAGCCAAGAGACGCAAGGAGCCUGCUGCAACUCCUCCCCCAGCUCCUGCUUCCACAGAACUCACUGUCAGCCCCUCCAGCCCCUCGGGCAGUGAGCCUAAGCCCGAGGCGUCGCCUCCAGAGCCCACACACUGGUGCCUCACUGCUCUGGCUACCUUCCGCAAAGUGCUCCGCUCCAUAAACUGCUGUCAUGUGGAGAACCCCCACCACAUAGACAACUACUCCAGGGUCACCUUCCCCCUGUCUUUCGUCAUUGUUAACCUGCUCUACUGGACAUAUUAUCUGUACUUCUAG